UAGACGCGACCUGUCGCCGUGUCUGUUGUGGGUGACAUCAUGCUGACCGCGGGUCUCGUGCGUGUGCACGUCUCAUCAUCUUCACACGCACGCUGGGCCUGCCCUUGACGUGCGCGCGCGGUAAGUGCGUCCACGUCUGCUCGAUGUCGAUGUUUUCAUCGAUCGAUUGCCAGGCACUAGCUGGCUAGCUAGCUAGCUAGCUAAGCUAAGCUAGCCAGAGAGAUUGAGCUGAUACACGCGCGUGCAUACGCUCAGUCUUCAAUUGAAUGUGUGCACGAGGCUCCUGCUCCUCCAUGUUCAUUUAAAGGCAUUUGAAGUCGCGUCAGUCGUGACGUCACCCGGACGACAACUCAACAUGUCAGCUGACAUUUGUGGUUCCUAAUCAUUCCGAAGCAAAAGCCUUCCAUCUUGUUUGCCGGCCAUGCAGCAGAAGUUGUGUUCCCGACGUACCGGUUCUUUUCACUCGGACCGAGACUGCAACGAACCCCUGGCGUCAUGUGACCUCCCCUUCCGCUGCCCCCGCUGUGGUGAGCAGGAGCGCUUCCACAGUAUGGACGCUCUCCACGCCCACCUGGAGUACCGACACUCGUACCACUCGCCGGAUGAAGCAAGCGGCGGAGGCUUCAGCAUCACCGGGAAACUCCCUCCUGACUCCCUGAGCGCCGCCGUGUCCUGGCAGGACAUGAGCCUCCCGGCCCGCAGGGGGCAGCAGAGCACGGGGCGGCCGCCUCACGUGCGUUCGCUGAGCGACAGCAGAGAUGGCGCCUUCAUGUUGUCCUACAACUCUGCGAGGAGGCGCACCCACAGCGUGGGUGUGGGGACGCAGGCAGAAGAAGAAGAAGCAGAGGAGCAAUUUGAUUCUCAUAAUCCAGGUUGCCCCCCAAAGCCGGACUUGGACUGGACGUGGGACCUUCCAGGGCGGUGUGCUUCCUCUGGCUCAGAUGCGGCGGCGGCUUCGGCCGCGGUGCGGCGCCGUCUAGCCAGCAUGUUGCGAGCGGCCGACAGCAGCGUGCAGCGCCGGCUGGCGCGGGUGAGCACAGAGCUGGCUCACACCGACACGCAGCUGCUAUGCGAGCGCGCUCACUCGCAGCAUCUAUCCCAGGAGAGACAGGAAGUGGCCGACAGGGAACGCUCGCUCAGCCGGCAGGUGGACGUUGCCGUUAUGGUCAUUGCAGCGCUCAAGGAGCAGAUCAACGCCUCGGAGAACGAGCUGGAGCGGCGAGAGAGGCAGGUCAUCACCAUCCAGAAGUUUCUGGAAGCCGCAGCUCGCCAGGAGACCAGCGGCAAAGUGAGAAUCCAGUGCUUCAUCGAGAACCUGCUGAGACGCAUCGCCCUGGCUGAGAGACUGCUGGAGUACUACCAAGUCAACGGCAGCCCGCCUCAGCGCCACCAGUGCACGCAGCACCAGCAAGGAAGUGAUGGCGGACCUCACAGGAUGACAAAAAGCAGGUCAGCAGGAGGUCAGCUCUCCUCAUCUGGUCUCCAUGGCAACAUGACACCUCCGCCCCCUCGCAGGCCGUCCUGCGGGCGGGACCAAGAGCGGGAGCAGCGGGAGCAGCGCGAGCGUCUGGCCCGCUCGUCCAGGCUCUUCUGCAGACCCGAGCACAGAGAUGACAUCUGGAACCAGCGGCGGCGGUCGGCGGGGUACGAGGCGUAGAGAACGGGAGGUCCGUCCAUCAUCUGUAGCAACGUUUCCAUCGGGCCAGACACAAAUAAUAAUUUAAUAUCUAUUGUACAGGGUGUCCCUGAAGUCUGGAUAAUAAUAUUUCUUUAUUUUUAAUAUGUUAAAGAUUUUUUUACAUUUAUUUAUGAAUUUCAAUAUUUUUUAUUUAUUACAUACUGUAUUAUAUGUAUAUUUUGUAAAGUUGAAAUAAUUUCAGCAUUUUUUAAGAUACUUUUUUUUAUAAAUUAUAAUUUAUUUUAAUUAUAAUUCUUUUUUUUCAUAUAAUUAUUGAUAUAUCUAGACCUUAGGGGCACCCUGCAUUUAUCAUUGAGUGUAUAUUUAUUCCACAUGUACCUGUGUGAAUGUAUAUUGUUAUUUGGAGGCCUUGUGAACAAGUAACAGUAGGAUUAAUAAUAAUAAUAAUCAUCAUCAUAAUGCUGUUUGUUGUGCGUUUCAGCCAAACAAUUUCCUCUCUAAGGAUAGUUUGUAGUUGUGUAACGUGCAUAGCGGCAGCUUGGUGAUGUGUUACUUAUCUGUAGCAUAUAUGGUUUGAUUGUAUUUUAUUUUAUUUUUUAAGAAAAUGUAACAUGCAAGCUAGCAGCCGUGGGUGAAAACUUGAUAAAUAUGUAGCAUUAUUUUUCUACACAUUCAAAAUGGCCGAAGGAGCAAAAUUGUACGACGCGCUGCUCAUGCAGUCAAAACUGCCGCGAUGUCAUAUCCUGUUUUGCAUGGUAUGAUAUGCUGUGAUGUAGUAACGUCUGUGCAACCAUGGUGACGUCACGUGGUGUUCCAAGGUGCCACUGCAUGAAACCUUGCAACUUGCAACAACCAGCAGAUCUUGUUCUCCUGUUGAGGAAUAUUUAGCUUAGAUGCUAACAAAGGAAAGAGACAAUCACUGAAAGUGGGUUUAAAAGAAAAAUAUGUUUUAUGUCGUGUACACUUAAUGGUGAAGUUCUCACUAGUUUUGUGCCUUCACUCUUCAUCUGUGCACCGCUGUAAUGGACUUGUAUUAAACAACAUGGCAACAAAACGCCAAACUAC